AUGCACAUCCAGCAUCCGAACCCGCAGGGCGUGUCAUGCCAACUGGCCCGCAUGCCCCAGCUGGCCGAGGCGACCAACAAUGACGAGGACUGGACGGGAAUUGCGGAUGCCGCCACUCGCCGCAAGAUCCAGACACGUCUCAACAUGAGGGCCAUGAGAAGACGCAAGGCAGAGCAAGCAAAGCUCGCACAACAGACACAACAGAGGCAAAGAGACAGCCCCAUAGAUGACAGCGCCUCACAGAUGGUCCCUUGCUGGGACGAGACCGAGCAGCGUAUCGUCCUGCUUCCUCCCUCCACAGCCAGUACUCUGCCCACCAAGAGGGGCCUAUGCCUUCCGAGCAACAUGAGGGAAUCGAAAAGUACUAUCACCACUACCGCCACCGCCACCAUCCUCCUCCCACUCUCCUCAGACCACCUCAUCCCGCUGCUUCAGUACAACGUCUUGCGCGGCAUGCUCACCAACCGCGCCAUCCUCAACCGCCUCGCCGGCUUCUCCGGCGUCCAGAACUGGAGCUGCAACAUCGACUCCCUUGGCGUCCAGCCGUUAUUAUCCGCCACCACAACCUCCUCACCUAUGGCCCUCCCGCCCUCGCUCGUCCCGACGGCCCUCCAGCGGCGAACCCCGCACAAGGACUGGCUCGACAUGAUCCCGCACCCGCGGUGGCGGGACAACCUGCUCCGCGGGCUGGGCAGCUUCGACGAGGGCGCGCUCUGGAGCGACACCAUCGGCGGGCUGUUCCAAGGGUUCCCCCACUCCGAGGUGCAGGCGCGCGGGGUGGUGGCCUGGUCGCCGCCGUGGCACGUCAGCGGGUGGGAGGUUUCGGAGGGGUUCUGGAGGAAGUGGGCGUGGUCGUUCCAGGGGUGCGAGGACGUGCUGGAGGCGACGAACCGGUGGAGGGCGCGGCGAGGGGAGGAGCCGCUCGUCUGGGCGAUUGCGUAG